AUGUUAAGUAUAGACUACCUUGACUCAUUAAUUGGACAGAAUAAUUCUUCAAAACUAUUGAUGGCAAUUAAUGCUAUAGGUUGUUUGGGCAUAAUGGUCAUAUUAAAAGAAUUAGAACCAAAUUAUGUGACAUUGUCAAUUUAAUAUGGAUUUAUUCUGCUACUUGACUCUCAGAGAUCACAAUACGUUUAUGAAUCUCAGUAUGAUGCUUUGAUGAUGGCUGUGAUAGGAGGAUUAAAUGCCAUUGGGUAUUUCACCUUAUUUGCAGCACUACGAAAAAUAGAUUUAUUAGUGAUUAUGCUGGUUUUCAAUUUUAAAACUUUAUUUGUUCACAGCAUCCAAUUCCAAAAUAACUUGAGUUCAAUUUUGUUUUUGUUUGGAUUCACUUUGAAUCUAAUGAGUAAUGAUAGAAUCUUAGCUGUGUGGGCUUUGGUUUUUGGAUAAGCAUGUCAAACUGGAUCUGGGAUUAUUCAAUAACGCUAUAGAUUUCAUAACCAAAACCUACAAUUAUACAAAGGAGCAUUUAUGAUAAUGAUGUCUUUAUUCAACUUUGGAUUCUAUUCAGACAAAAUUGAAAACUCCUUUUUAGUUUAUAUAGCAUCAUUUCCAGUAUUAAUAACUUACACAUUUUUCUAAUGGUUACCAUAAGAAGUGAAAUUACCAAAUGAGAUGGCUGAAAAUGCAAUAAUUGGAAUUUAAUUACUAGUAUUAUUAUUACAUCAUUCCUUCAAAAUAUUACCAACAAUUAGUUGUAUUUUCUACUUUUUAGGAAUAUUUUCAAUGUUUAUAAAGAAAUGA